AUGUCCGAAUUCAAGCCUCGCCAGGUUGGCGCCGCCAACACUCUCGACUGGCGUGUCUGGCUUGAGAGCAAGGCUGGACAGCCGCUCUCGGCGUGGCACGACAUUCCGCUCUUUGCCGACGAGUCCAAGACGAUCCUCAACAUGGUUGUUGAGAUUCCUCGCUGGACCAACGCGAAGUGCGAGAUCUCCAAGGAGGAGCCGCUCAACCCCAUCAAGCAGGACACCAAGAAGGGCAAGCUCCGCUUUGUGCGCAACUGCUUCCCCCACCACGGCUACAUCUGGAACUACGGUGCUUUCCCUCAGACCUGGGAGGACCCCAGCGCGACGCACCCCGACACCAAGGCAAAGGGAGACAACGACCCGCUGGACGUGUGCGAGAUCGGCGAGCAGGUCGGCUACGUCGGUCAGGUCAAGCAGGUCAAGGUCCUCGGCGUCAUGGCCCUCCUUGACGAGGGCGAGACUGACUGGAAGGUCAUCGUCGUCGACGUCAACGACCCUCUGGCCCCCAAGCUCAACGACAUUGAGGAUGUCGAGCGCCACCUUCCCGGCCUCGUCCGCGCCACCAACGAGUGGUUCAGGAUCUACAAGAUUCCCGACGGAAAGCCCGAGAACCAGUUCGCCUUCAGCGGUGAGGCCAAGAACAAGAAGUACGCCACUGAGGUCAUCCACGAGUGCAACGAGGCCUGGAAGCGUCUCGUCAGUGGCCAGGCUGAUGCUGGCGAAGUUAACAUUGCCAACACCACCGUCCAAGGCACCAAGGGCUUCAACGCCUCGGAGGCCUCAUCCGUGCCUCCAGCCAACCCUCAGGCAGCCGCCCCCAUCGACCCCAGCAUCAGCAAGUGGUUCUUCAUCUCGUCGAGCUCCAUGUAA